CUUCGCUUCGUGCCUCAAGUCAGUACACCCUCAAGGCCUCAUCACUCGGGAUGAAUUCCAAUGUGCCGUCGCAUUCACACCAAGCCCGCCAUGGCAUACAAGAAUGUGACUUCUGUCUGAAAAGCAGGACUGAAGCCGGAAGACUGUUCGCUUGCUCAAGCUGCAAGCUGGCUUUAUACUGCAGCCCUGGAUGUCAGAAGGCCGGCUGGAGCUUUCAUAAACACGUCUGCAGGUCCAUCAAGCAGGAGCGCUCCCAACUGAAAGUGAUGGACCAACUCUUUCUUUCCGAAGCGAGCAAACUACGGGCGCCCCAAGACAUCAAUUACGACGCCCCGACACCAUCUGUCAUCAUGGACCAGUUCUGCGCCUUCGCGGAGAAGUUCAAGCUACCGCUCAUGGAGGCUGGCUACAACGGAAUGAACGUCGCCACGGAUCCGUCCUUCUCGGCACAUGCUGUGCUCUUCGUCAUGCUCGAGCACCACCCCGCGCGCGCACAGUCGUCGCGCGAGUGGGCGCGUUUCAAGGUGCUCUUCGCUAAGCCGAUGACCUUCGACGAGCUGCGCGCCAAGUACGGGAGGAAGAACAUGCAGGAGCUCGUCGAUCGUCUCGUGAGCCUCCGCGGCAUGCAGUCGCGUGCAGCGGACUACAUCGCUUCCGUGAACAUCCUCCUCUCGUGCCCCUGCCACGUCAUAUCGCCGCCUGUCCCGCUGUACUAUCCUGUCCCGAUUGAGGUCACACCGGCGUAUAUGCGCGCCGUCAGCCUCGGUGACACUUGGGAGCAGAGGCUGAAGGAUAUCGUGGAGAAAAUCUCUGGCCGCGCUCGCUAGGGUCGUCAGUCGCGGAAGCCCGUGACUAUAUGCCAGCUCAGGCAUUACUGGCUCUGGUCUGUCACGGUGGACUGACAACCGGGUGUGGGGCGGGUCAGUCACCGUGCAGGGGUUGUAACACUACAAUUCGCGAAUGACGCAGCUCAGUGUAUUGAGAUUUUCAAUGUGUCCGUACACCUGUAUCACUAUUAGUUAGGCUCGACGACCUUCAUGAUACCCCCAUGAAAACCUGUAACCGAUGCGACACCGCUCACGCACGGCGUGUGUCCCUCUAUGUUUUCGCAUCGACUGAGUCAUUUGUAGCUCGAAGUGAACCGAUGUACUGUGUCGUAGCAUAUCUGCCACCAUCAUGCAUAACAACUCUACACGGCAGACAUUC